GGUUAAAGCAUAUCCACAUCAAAAUAUAGAUAAUAUUCUUAAAAUAUAUGGAAUAUCCCAAAAUCCAAAUACAAAGAGUAUAUCAUGGUUCUUGAAUAUGCAGAAGGUGGAAAUUUCAAUAGUUAUUUAAAGGAAAAGUGUAAAGUUUUUGAUUGGUUUAAUAAAUUAAAAAUAUUAACUAAUAUUAUUGAAGGUCUUAAUACAAUUCAUCAAAAACAAAUGGUUCACCGUGAUUUUCAUAUUGGAAAUAUAUUAUUUACAAGAUUAUAUUAUGAUAGGGAUGAAUAUACUGCAUGUAUUUCUGAUAUGGGUUUAUGUAAAAAAAUUAAUGAUAUUAAUGAAACAAGUAUUUAUGGAGUUAUGCCUUAUGUAGCUCCUGAAGUGUUAAAAGGAGAACCUUAUACUCCAGCAGCAGAUAUAUACAGCUUUGGUAUGAUCAUGUAUGUCAUAGCAACCGGAAAUCAACCUUUCACUAAUUGUGCUCAUGAUGAUAUUCUAGCAUUAAAUAUAUGUAAUGGAAUUAGACCUGAAAUUAAUGAUCAAAUUGCACCAAAAUGUUAUACUGAUUUAAUGAAAAAAUGUUGGGAUUCAAAUCCAGAAAAUAGACCAAAUUCAGUUGAAAUAAAAAAAUUGAUUAACCUAUUUUAUCAAUAUAAUGAAAUUAAAAUGAAAUUUAACGAGACACAAGAAUAUAGGAAGAAAAUUUUUUCAGCAAUAAAAAAUAAUCAAUUAACUACUCAUACACAAGCUAUUUAUACAUCUCGAUUACUUAAUCCUUUUACAAAAAAUCUUUCAAAAUAUAAUGAUAAUAUUAAUAAUAAUACAGUAGAAAUUACUGAUUUUACAAAGUAA